UGUGUACUGAUAUGCCUGUCUGUGCAGAUGUCUGCACCAUGGGCUUUUUUAUGUAAAAAGAUGAGACAUGUCUGAGUAUGGAGAUGGGCUCAGACUUCACUGACUUGCAGGUGUGAUCAUCUCCUUUGCGAAUGCAGUUUUGUCUGGCUAUGCGACUAUGAGCAUGUAUAUGAGAGAGGUGGGGAGAUAAGACUGUGAUUGCCAUUACACUGAUGUGCAUCUAAAUGCCCUGAGUUUGCCAUACCUGCCUUUCCCUCUGCUCCAGACCAGCUGGGGACUGGGUGGCACAGAUUUUAGACCCAGAAAGAACCAUGCCCUUGGAAGAAGAUGGGCCCAGCUGGAAAAAGAGAGCUGAAGAUAUCCGGGAGAUCUAUGAAUUCCGGGAGGUUCUGGGCACGGGUGCUUUCUCAGAGGUAGUGCUGGCUGAAGAGAAGUCAACCCAGAAGCUGGUGGCCAUCAAGUGCAUUGCGAAGAAGGUGCUCGAAGGGAAGGAGAGCAGCAUUGAGAAUGAGAUUGCCGUGCUGCACAAAAUCAAGCAUCCCAAUAUCGUUGCGCUGGAAGACAUCUAUGAAAGUGGGGGACACCUUUACCUCAUCAUGCAGCUGGUCUCAGGUGGGGAACUUUUUGACCGGAUUGUGGAGAAAGGAUUCUACACAGAGAGAGAUGCCAGCCAACUCAUUAAACAGAUCCUUGAUGCUGUAAAAUAUCUCCAUGACAUGGGCAUUGUCCACCGUGAUCUCAAGCCUGAGAACCUGCUCUAUUACAGUUUGGAUGAAGAUUCCAAGAUCAUGAUUAGCGAUUUUGGACUGUCAAAGAUAGAAAGCUCUAGCAGUGUCAUGUCCACGGCAUGUGGGACUCCUGGCUAUGUAGCUCCUGAGGUGUUGGCACAGAAGCCCUACAGCAAGGCCGUGGAUUGCUGGUCUAUUGGAGUGAUUGCCUACAUCUUAUUGUGCGGCUAUCCCCCAUUUUAUGACGAGAAUGACACAAAGCUUUUUGAACAGAUCCUGAAGGCUGAAUAUGAAUUUGACUCUCCCUACUGGGAUGACAUAUCAGAUUCAGCCAAAGAUUUUAUCCGGCAUUUAAUGGAGAGGGAUCCUAAGAUGCGAUUCACCUGUGAACAAGCACUACAACACCCAUGGAUUGCUGGAGACACUGCAUUGGACAAGAACAUCCAUCAGUCAGUCAGUGAGCAGAUGAGAAAGAAUUUUGCCAAGAGCAAAUGGAGGCAAGCCUUCAAUGCAACUGCUGUGGUAAGACAUAUGAGGAAACUACAGCUUGGAACCAGCCAAGACGGACCUGGACAAGCCAUGCAGGAGAGCAAUGGCCCAGCUUCGAGUAGCAGUGAGGAAUCCUUGGGAAAUAGCUCUCACCCUCAAACCUAGGACUGAAUGUUCCUCGGCAAACAGAGGAAGAGAUGGCAGUGCCAGCACCAACGUGUACACUGGGUGUGCAGUUCCAAGUCCAACUUUCCCAUGUUGCCACAAUCAGAGCCAGGGAAGGGUCUGGGACUGCCACCACAUCUUUCCCAGUAAAGUGCGGCCAAGUCCUACUGCAGGGGAAUAGAAAGUUUCCCUUCAUCCAUCACAGUCUCCUGAACCUGGAGGUGUGGGCCUGAUAUUUUAUAACUUACUCAUUUCCCUGGAGAUGUUCACCUGCUUCUCACCACAGAAUGGUUUCCUGCUACAGUUAAUGGGAUCUUUCUGUUGGCCAUGUUCUGCCUUGUCCUUAGCUUUCAGCCUAAGUCAACAAUUGUGGCCUCUUUCUUGCCCCAUCCUAUGGACAGCAGGUCUUAGAAACAUCCAGUGGCCCCACAAUUGCUCACUUGGACACCUGAUGUAUACAAGAUCGUGGAAUGUAAAGAUUUUCCCUAGUCAAAACCCCCUGCACUCCAGAAAAUAUGCAGCUCUCUCCCCCUGCCAAAGAUCAGAUAACACCAUUUGGGAAGGCUUGCAGUUGCUUGUAUCUCCAGGUGAGGCUCUCAUUAUAAUCUACAGGGGAAAAUGAAAUUACUUUGUUUAUGGAGAAGAGCUACUGUCAUUUGUAGCUCUUCCCAAGGACUCAGAUAUUCUGUAGAUCAAGGGCUGUGCUUUUCUGCUGACAAAAAGUAUGAAUCUAGACUAAAUUGGCAUUACUUUGCUGGGGACCAGCUGUGCCUCUUCCAAAGUUAUUUGGCCAUCAACCGAUGAUGUCCCACCCCCUUCUCAAGUAGUAGUAUUCAGUCGCCACUACUGCAACACCUACAAUUUCUCUCCCAGCAGCGCUUUGAAGGUGGGUGGGAAACCAUGCUACAAACAUUGUUUGCUACAGAUUACAAGUAGGACUGGGAAGAAAAGUCAGCUGUGGAUGGGGGGGGAAGGACACCUUUUGGUCCAUUGCCAGACUAGUUCUGCAGCUAUUUUUUAAAAAUAUGUGUGCUUAAUUUUUUUGUAAGGGAAGGAAUGGGCACCUGUACGUAAACACAUAUUUUCUCAGCUUUUCAAAAACUUUUGGCAGCUUGCAUGAAAUUGAAGUGAAAAGUGAGAUUGAGGAUUGACAUAUCUUGGCAUUAGAAGCAACUCAGCAUUCCAGCACUCAUUUUCCUGGCCGCUACAGCUGCAAUGUCCAGUGGAAUGGCAGAUUAAGGUAAAAUCGUACUGUGUGAUUGCCCUUUGAAAAUCGGCUCUGUCCGUCAGAACAAGGAUCCCAUUGCUCAGUCUCCUCCCAGAUCUGAAGCUCACAGCGCCCCAUUUUACCCUUUUGUCCUUUCUCCCCAGCCUCUUGGUUCAAGGGGAACUUUCUAACUUGACGUUUCUAUUUUGUUGCUUGUUCUUGUAUUAAAAAAAAUGGAAGGAAA